AUGAGAACAGGCCAGGUGCUGAUGCCUCACUUUGAAAACACAACGUGCCGCUCUCUGGACCUCAGAAUCAGACACAGCGGAGAUAAGGACCCCUUGCCCUCGCUGACCCUGGCUCUCAUCUCCACAGGUUUCGGCAUGACCACCCCAGCCACAGUGGGCGGGAAGGCCUUUCUCAUCGCCUACGGACUGUUCGGCUGCGCGGGAACCAUCCUCUUCUUCAACCUCUUUCUGGAGCGCAUCAUCUCGCUGCUGGCCUUCAUCAUGCGCGCCUGCCGAGAGCGUCAGCUGCGCCGCAGCGGCCUCCUGCCCGCCACCUUCCGUCGAGGCUCGGCGCUGUCAGAGGCCGACAGCCUAGCGGGCUGGAAGCCGUCGGUGUACCACGUGCUGCUCAUCCUGGGCCUGUUCGCUGUGCUGCUGGCAUGCUGCGCCUCGGCCAUGUACACCAGCGUGGAGGGCUGGGACUACGUGGACUCGCUCUACUUCUGCUUCGUCACCUUCAGCACCAUCGGCUUCGGGGACCUGGUGAGCAGCCAGCACGCCGCCUACCGGAACCAGGGGCUCUACCGCCUGGGCAACUUCCUCUUCAUCCUACUCGGCGUGUGCUGCAUCUACUCGCUCUUCAACGUCAUC